AUGCCGAUUAUCUUGUGCAGAUAUUUUUAAUUACAUAUAAACCAUGAAACCAGGUCUUCAAAACAUAAAAGCUUUUUAGCAGGCUCAGAAUAAAUAGAAAGAAUAAUUUUAAAAGGGGAUGAGGCAAUUUUUUUAAAAGAAACAAAGAAAAUUUAUUAAAAGGCAAGAUGCAAAGACCAAAUGGAAGCUUAAAUUAAAAAUCAAUUUAUCAUUAUUGCUAAUAUCAAAUUUUAGUUUAUUAAUUAUCCUGUAAUACAUAAAAUGGUAACUCUAGCAUUUCGCAUUUUUAUCUCCUAUUAUCUAGGAGAGGGAAUUUCAGAAUAUGCUAAAAUAACUUGUGAGCAGAUAUGCUCUAAAAAUGUUGCUUAUCUACUAAAGAAUAAAUUUAAUAAGGUUCAAAAACAGAAAGAAUAUUAGACAUUCCAGCUCAUAUAAUUUAUGUUACUAAAAAUUAUAUGGAUUUAAAAGAUAUUCAACAUCUCAAAAAUAGACGAAUAUAAAAAAAGCAUUUCAAAAGAUGUCAUGAAAAAGCAAUUAUAACUAGCUUUUGUAUUUUUGCAACUAUGCAAAUCCAAUAAAACAAAAGAGCAUCUUUAAUUUCUAUAGCAUUUCUGCUAAGACAUUCUAAGCCAAGUCAUCUUUAAGAAUAAGGAGCUCAUAGUGAUUAGAAAUGUAAUAAGGCAUAUCUAAAAUACGUCAAAAAUAGAAAAAAAAUGA